AUGUUUCGCCGUCUCGCAUCUAGUCUUCCCAAAGACCCUGUCUACCCUGCCGACCUCACAGGGCUGGGAUAUUUCAUCAACGCCAAGGAUGAAAUCCGAAGCACGGAAAACCCCAAAGCCUACUUCAAGUACUUUAUAACCAAAAACCAACGACACAAUGACGCGCAGCGAGAGGCCAUGAAUGGUGCCGUUCGCAAGAUCGUAUCCGACCGACUAGAGCACCUCGGCCUGCAAAAGAUCCGCCUGCCACUAGGUGCAACAGAGAAAGAGCCCAACCUCCCAAUCUUCAUAUCAUCUAAUCUGAAAAGCAAGAGGCGGGUAGUGAUUCUCUUCUACGAGCACACCCAAGACAUCGGCGUCUUCGCUCACCGCAUCAUCGGCGGCAAAGGCGGGCUCGAUGCCGGAUCUGCUGUAGAUUUCGUCAAGUACAUUCAAUCACAGCACACAUCCCCAGACAAUGCCGACGCUCCUGGUAUCAUCCUCGCCAAUAUGGGGCAGUUGAGAUGGUGGCGCCGUGGCAAGACAGCCGUCACCCAGACCUCGUGGUACGCGCUCCCCCAGAAGAGCUCGGUGGAAAACCCAUACCGGUUUGACGAUGAGAGGAAUGUCAUACCCGGCAACCAUGAUUCCGAGCAGCAUGUCAACUACAUGUUCAACCACGUGGUAGCAGAACUCGUCGACCCGGCCGCAAAGCUAGACAUUCUAGGCGUGUCUGACGGCGCCGUCAAAGUCUCAACUUUCCUCGAGGAUCCUGAUAAUUUCAAAAUAUGGGGUCCACGAGUCUCUGCCUUCGCCGCUGUAGCGACUUGGUACCAUGCUUCUGAGAUCAAGAACGUUGAUUUCGCCAGCUGGUUCUUGGAUCGAGGCCGUGCAUUCCUUAUCUCUCCAGAACCCGCAGGUACAUUUCUCAGCGGCCCCGAGGGUACCAAGCGCAUCCAGGCGUGCGGGUGUCCUAUUUUCAGCCUCGCAGAACCAUAUUACAGUGAGACGAUGCUGCCCAAGGGCUACAAGACUAUCCUGAACUGGUUUUACGACGUUGCUUCUGAUCCCAAUUAUGCCAACCCAAAGUUCGAGAGAAUUGACAUUGGUGGGGAGAGUGAUGAUGAGCCUGGGUGGGAUCCAAAUGAUGGGGUUGCAUUUGAUGUGGAGGCAUCAGAGCAUGGCGAAGGUGUGAAGGGUGCUGUGGAGACGGGGUUUGUGGAGCCGGAAGAGGAUGGGCGAGCUAAGUUGCAAUGA